GCGGUGGCCAUUUUAUUGGAGACCUGUUUCGGUAUUAUUUCAGCGAGCGUGGACCCUCCUCGCCUGUGUACAACAAUGGACGUGUCUGUAUAAAUAUGGGGGACGUUUAUAGAUCCCUGCGAGGAGCCUGCACUUGUCUGGGCACGAGCCUAAGUAAUUGAGGACAAGGGCCAUUCGGGGUGCUCUACAUUGCAGACGCUCAUUCUGAAGUGUGUGCCGCCUGACCGGAAGGAACAGACAAUGGCAAAUCAGAUUAAAGACAAAGAAGCUUUGCAGAGGCUGAACUUCCUUUACCAGGCUGCACAUUGUGUUUUAGCUGCAAACCCUGAGAAUGUGGAACUCGCUCGAUUCUACUGUCAUACAGAAAAAACCAUUGGCAAACGUUUAGUGCUAAGACAGGAUCCAUCUAUAAAAAGGACAAUAUGCAAAAGAUGUAGCUCUCUCCUGCUUGCUGGUAUCACGUGUACUGUCAGGCAAAGAAAACGUCGAGGACAACGGCUGACGUUAAUUAGAUGUCUUAGCUGUGGUCUUACUAAACGUUUCCUAAAUAACCCAAACCACAAGCUGUGGAGCGAGCAGCCAGAGGCACUACUGGAAAACCAGCCCAAACAAGAUCUAAAUCCUCGAUCACAACAAAACUUGCCGAAAGAGAAAGGAUCUUCUGCCAAACCAGAAAAUACCAAUAAGAUGGCCUCCUAAGUGAUUACAGCCCAGGGGUUGUAGUAAUGAUGUGAAUGGCUUAAGGGUAAUCUUAAAGGGGUAUUCUGGUUACAUAAACUUAUCCCUUAUCCACAGGAUAGGGGAUAACUAUUAGGCUGGGUUCACACAAUGUGCGAUUUUCCCGCACAAGUGUAAAGUGUUUUAAUGUGUUUUGCACGCGCGUGAGAAAAAUCGGCAUGUUUGGUACCCAGACCCGAACACUGACGCUGGGUUCACACCUGAGCGUUCGCGAU